UGCUCAGAACACCAUCCUCCGAGUCGGUCUUCCACACGCAAGUCAUCCUGGCUCAGUCUUUCCUUGAGAGCCGCUGCCAUACACUCGCUCUCUAGCAUAUAAGGGGGCUGGGUAUGAGCGUCGCCCAAACGCCGCUUGAAUACCCUUCAAACAAACCCUAUCCAACGACCUCAUCCAGGUUAGAAUCCCGUUCAAUUCCCUUCGACCAAACAAUCCGUAAACGUGGAACGAACUAAGAACUAGUGACUCUGCAACACAGAUAGAAUUCACUGAAGCCUUUGCUGUACUUCGGACGCGGAAAUCCCACUUUCGAAGCUUCCAGUCACAUCACGGAUUUUGGAACACGCACGCCACCCAAUUUGAACGAAUACCAUCACGAUGUCGACUAAGCAGGAGCUCAGACUGCCUCCCAUUCUGGAAAGGAGGUACAAGCUCAGUCGUGAGCUUGGGCAGGGUGCUUAUGGGAUUGUGUGCGCCGCCACGGUUUUGGAAACGGGCCAGGAGGUUGCCAUCAAGAAGGUCCAGAAAGUUUUCGAAAAGUCGAUCUUGGCCAAGCGUGCCCUGCGUGAGAUCAAGCUUCUGCGUCACUUUAGUGGACAUGAGAAUAUCAUCUCAUUGUUGGACAUGGACGUGACCGACCCGUACACUUUCCAAGAAGUCUACCUCGUCCAGGAACUCAUGGAAGCCGAUCUGCACCAGAUCAUCCGAUCAGAGCAACCCUUGACCGACGGCCACUUCCAGUACUUCAUCUACCAGAUCUGCCGUGGGUUGAAAUACAUCCAUUCGGCGAAUGUGUUGCAUAGGGAUUUGAAGCCGGGGAACUUGCUUGUGAAUGCGGAUUGCGAGUUGAAGAUCUGUGAUUUUGGCCUGGCUCGAGGUCUGUCCGACUCGGAAACCGGUUUCAUGACGGAAUACGUUGCCACGCGAUGGUACCGCGCUCCGGAAAUCAUGCUCUCGUUCAAGAGCUACACGAAAGCUAUUGACAUGUGGUCGGUCGGAUGCAUCUUCGCGGAGCUGUGCGGCAACAAGCCACUAUUCAAAGGGCGGGAUUACGUCGACCAACUGAACCAAAUCCUCAGCAUCCUUGGCACGCCGGACGACGCGACCCUGAAGCGCAUCAGCAGCGAGCGCGCCCAGCUCUACAUCAGGAGUCUGCCGCGGAUGAAGAAGAUCCCGUGGGCUCAAUUAUACCCGAGAGCUGGUCCCGCUGCCCUGGACCUGUUGGAGAAGCUCCUCACCUUCGACCCCGCGGCACGUAUCACCGUCGAAGAGGCGCUGGCCCACCCAUACCUAGAGGCAUAUCACGAUAUCACUGAUGAGCCAUCCCAUGAAAGACAGUUUGACUUUGGGUUUGAGGCCGUCGAGAAGGUUGACGAGAUGAAAAGACUGAUCGCACAAGAGGUCAUGGAAUUCAAAGCCCAAAAACUCGCCCUAUCCCAAGUCAACGGGUCGUUGCCUAAGCCCAAAGAAAGCCUCCCCGGCCCGACACGAGACGCGGUAGGCGCCGUCGCAAGGGAAGAGGACGAUUAUGGAGAUGUCCAGGCGAUGGAUCUGGAUGAUGAGUUGAGGAUGCGGGAGCAGAGGGGUUGAAGAAAAGAGAGAGGAUAGAAAAAAAAAAGUAGCAGUCACGCCUGCUUGAUAAUGAUAACUAUGAUAACUUGUGUAUACUACCUUGUUCCUCGCGCCCCGCUUUACCGCGUGCCUUGACUCUUGUCUUGUGGUCGUGCCUUGAGCAAUAAAAGCCCAUACGUCUGGA